AUGCAUACCCCUCCACUAUCCAUCCAGCGCACAAUACACACCCACACCCCGGCUGGGACGGACGGCCACGCGUCAAGGAAUCCUCAACACCAUGGCCUUUUCCGCCGCAUACGUGCCAUCCUCUCCCGGCCCAUGGGAAGACAGGCUCCCCUAUCCCGGCUACAUUGCCUACCCCUCAUCCGCCCCCUCCCGAUCCUCCUCUGGCUCGUACGACCACGAGCGGGAUGAGCUGCAGGCUGAGAUAGACAGGCUGUGAGUCUGCCUUCCCCUUCUGUCGUCCAAAGGCUAGUUCUACGAUUCAAGCUGCAUCUCUUGUAAAGGCUCCCGUUGGUGCGCCAACCGACGGGGCAAGGACCGUUGCGGAAGGAGCUGCUUGGAAGAAAGGAUCGUCCAGUGGUAUCCUUCGCAUUCGUCUCUUUGUGGAAUCCACAAGCAAUCCUUUAUUCUGCGCCCAGCGCUGGAUAUAUAAAGCCCUUACCACAGUGUUAAAGAUGCAGCACUAACACCACACGUCUACAGAAUGGCCUAUACCGCAAACGUACGAUCUCCUUCUCCGAACGACAGCCUCGUCGAGGACGACACCUACACCCCCCCAAAACCCUCCAACGCUCCGGAUGCAAAGCCGACAAAUAUCCUGGGUGUGUUUGGUCUCUCAGUAAGAACCACCGAAAAGGAUCUGCGCGAAGAGUUUAGCGUGUAUGGGCAAGUUGAAAAAGUCGUCAUCGUCUAUGAUCAGAGAACCGGGCGUUCUCGAGGCUUUGGCUUCAUCACCAUGCGAUCAGUCGACGAUGCUUCCAUCUGCAUCACCAAGCUGAACGGCAUCAUUAUCCAUGGACGCCACAUCCGAGUCGACUUUUCUGCCACUCGCAAGCCGCAUGACCCCACACCAGGUCAAUACUUGGGUUUUCAAAGAGCAAUCCCUGACGACAUUCCUCUUGGACGCCCGCGAUAUGAAGAGUAUAGAGGAUACCGAGGCCCAAGAUUCAGUCCCUACUGGGACUCGCCCGAACACAGAGGACGACAGAGACACGACGAGAGAGGUCGGUACAGGGAGAGGUACCCUGCCCGUGAUUAUGACCGCUACAUCUCUCGUCCACACAGAGACGAUUAUGAUUACGACCUGUAUAGAACAAGGUCGAGAAGCCCCCGCCCUGCAAGGUACUCGGCAUCGCCCGAGCGCCCAGACGAGCGUUGCGCGCUAGAUUACGACGAGCCCCGAGGCUCAAGGUUGUAGAAGUAUGACAAAGCAUCGUGUAUUCCACCACCCAUAGAAAUGUACCUUCCGGUACCGCGUUGUGUUGUAUCGUAUGCAUAAUAAUACAUGAGAAUAAUGUUGUACUGCAAUCGUGCUGUGCCGUCGGGGAGCGCCGCGUCUAUCCUUUGGACCAACAUAGAGACAACAGUCACCUCGCACUCACUCUCC